AUGUUCUCCGAAUAUGCCUCCAGGUUCCUCGCGCAAUCACAGUCACGACUAUCUAACUUUGGCCAGGCCGAUAACGGCCCAACUGGCCAAGGAGACUGGCAUAGCAGAGGGCCACGACUGGCUGGACGGGCGUUCUUGGGCAGAGGCGGCCCGAACCCCUACCAGCCGAGCGGCUCCCGGUUUGGCAGUUUGGCUGCGUUUGGCUCGCGGUACGCCACCAACGAUGCACCGUUAUUUCAGCCCACUCUCGAACAAGACGAUGAGGACGAGGAGGAAGCGGCAGACCUGUUUGCACUUCAGCGGUCGCGACGAGUUUUUGCCACGAGCCGACUCGAAGAAAGCACCGAGACGGAAAAUGACGGGAGCAAUGCCUCCUUGGAACGCAGCCAGGAGGGGUCGUCCGGGCUGGGGGGACGCCUGCGGGGAAUUCGAAGCAGUUGGAAUGGCAAAAAACGCUACACACGUCAGAGCCUAGAAGAGGACUCUGCAAGCCAAGACAGAAGGGGGAAACAACGGUUACGAUCAAGAGGAAGUGAGGACGGAAAGGGGAUGGAGGAUGUCACACUGGAAUCUGCGAUUGCUGACAGCGAACCGCCCGAGGACCUCAUGAUGGAAACACCGGCCGAUAAUGACGACCCGCCAGCCUUUCAAAAAUUCCAGUCGACCACUGCCCCGACGCGGUACCUCAGGAGGGAUUCGACGGGCGAUUCAGAACUCGUUCAGCCAGGCCCUGCAGGCUCGCUCGACAACAACUUGAACGGUACCCCUGCAUCCCCUCAUGUUGAGGGCGAGAUUUUCAAGCAUGACGCUUUUUUCGCAUGGCUCUACUUGAUUGCCCAGGCCUCAUUAAUUUCGACGUUCGUGCUGGUCGCGCUGCACACGGACCGCGGGGACGGGCCGCUCGGCGACACCAUUUAUACUACGCUACGGGCCUCGUUCCACCUGCUGGCCGUCGACACGCUGAUAUCCAUUAUCGUCUCCCUCGUCUGGCUUGCGGCGCUACGAUCGUUUGUCAAGCCGCUGGUCACCUUGGUUCUGGUAGCGGUACCAGUGAUUCUGAUAUCCUUCUCAUUGUAUCCGUUCAUCUCCAGCUAUCAGUCGACGGAUGGGAGCUCACGCAUCCAAGAUACGAUGAUGCGAUGGGCGGCCGGCGUCCCAGCCAUCUCUGCGGUAGUCUGGCUCUAUUUGAUAUGGAAGGGACGGCACGCCCUUCGCUCGGCGGUCGGCAUCCUCGAGUUUUCGAGUCGGAUCCUGGCCGCCAACUCGGCCCUCGUCCUCGUCGGCAUGGGAUGCCUGGCGGUGGUGGUCGUCUGGACUUGGCUAUGGUUGCUCAUGUUCACAAAUGUCUUCCUCGGAGGAAACUUCUCGAGCAGGCUUGCCAAGUUCAUCAUCAGCGCGUCAAGCUGGUGGCUCGGAGUGUACUUUGUCUUGAUGUACAUCUGGACGCUGUCCGUCAUCUCUGGCGUGCAGCGGGCCACUACGGCGGCGACGGUCUCGCAGUGGUAUUUCCAUCGCAAUGCCGUCCCGGCUCCGUCUUCGCGGGAGGUCGUGUCCGCUGCCCUGGGACAUGCGAUGACCACCAUAUUUGGUACGAUCUGUUUGUCGACGGUGCUGGCGCUUGCUAUUCGGCUUCCCUUGCUGGUGUUGCCGCAGCGGUUGGCGAACAUCCUCAGCGUGUUCGUCUACUCAUUCAUCCCGUCUCCGAUUGCCGCCCUGACGAACCCGUUGACUUUGACCUAUGCCGCCAUCCACUCACAGACAUUAGCAAUGGCGUCUCGAGGCCUCACUCACAUGGACUUCAUCUCGCCGCAGCGGCCGACCACAACGCUCACGCCGGCAGCUCUCCCCAAACAUAACCAGCACUCUCCGCUGCUGCCAUACCGGCUCGCCAAGCUGAUCCUGCACGCGACACGAUUCAUCAUGGCCACGGCGCUGGGCUUUGCGGGCUGGGUCAUGACGGCGCGACAGCUGAGGAUUGAUCGGCCGGACGGUUUGGGCGUGCGGGGCAGCGCGUAUGCGUACGUGGUGGGCUUGGUUGCCAGCUUUAUCGGCUGGGGCAUUCUGGGCGCGAUGGAGGGUAUCCUGAGUGGGAUUGUGGACGCCGUGGUUAUUUGCUACGGCAGCGAGAAGCGCAUGGCGACGGGCGCGGGCGGGUACUGCAUGGAGGCGGCAUAUCUCUUUGGGGACCGGCGGCAAGAACGGGAGAGAGAAGAGGUUUAUUGA